AUGCAUGCCCACGGCCACGUAACGCGUCCUGCCCGUGGAAAAUCUAGCGUGGCCGUGGCAAGUUUAGAUUUGCUUUCGGAGGAUAAGAGUUCGGAGAAGACAGAAAGAGAUAUUGAAUUUGUUUUUGGAAAAACUGAAAGUGAUUACAUCGAAAAUUUAGAUUAUAAAAAAUUAAAAAUUGAUUUAUGGAAUGGAAAUGUCGUUCUGGAAAAGCUGUAUUUAAAACCAAAUGCGUUGGUUAAAAAAUUGACUCUUGUUAUUCCAUGGAAAAACCUUUAUAAGCAACCGACAAAAGCUUAUAUCGAUGGUCUUUAUAUCUUAGUUGUACCAAAAACUGAAGUUCAGUACGAUGCACAACAGGACGAAAAUGAACAAUAUGAAGCGAAAAUGAAAGAAGUUCAAAAAAUUGAAGGCUUAAGAAAAGAAAAAGAAGCCUAUGAAAAUUCGAAACAAAGUCAACAAGAUCAUGAUACAUUCGUUGAACGUAUGCAGUUGACAAUAAUACGAAAUUUAGAAUUAUCCAUUCGAAAUAUUCACAUUGCUUAUGAAGAUAAAACAACAAAACCCGGACAUCCGUUUUCUUUUGGAUUAACACUGAAUUAUAUUGAAUUAAGACUUGGUGAAUUAAGUUCUUUGGCAUUUUAUUGGAAUUCAAAUAGUCAAUCACAUUCAGAUAUGUCUAGAAACGACGUUGUGGAAUAUUUACGUUCUAAAAUAGCUACGAAAGAUAAUAUUCCAAAUGAUAUCACUUACAUUCUUCGUCCAUUAAAUGUUAUUGCUAAACUUAUAAUGGUUACAAAGCCAAGAGAAGAUCAUUUCAAACGUCCGAUGUUUGAUAUUAUGAUUGAUCUGGACCAGAUUAGUUUUAAUAUUAAUCGAGAACAAUACUCUGAUUUGCUUGAUUUGCUUGAAUUUCAAGAUUAUGUUGCAUUACAGACAAAAUUUGUUAAGUAUCGAUCAAUGCAUAAAAUUCAAUCAAAAAAUACAAAAGAAUGGUGGAAAUUUGCAUAUAAUGUUAUUGUCAACGAAGAAGUUCGUCCGCGUUUUGACUGUUACAAAUGGGAAAAUAUCAAAGCACAUUUGGAUCGAUGUCGAGAAUAUCGAACAUUACAUUUCCAAGAAUUAACCGGAAAAUUAACAUAUGAACAAAAACAACGAGCUCAAGAAAUCGAGAAAAAGCUUGAUGUAUUCAAUUUAACCUAUAUACGACGAAGUGCUGAAAUUGAAAAAAAAGAGCAAGAACCAAAAACAUGGUGGGGUAAUGUGUCAACCUGGUGGGCAGGAAAUACAGAUAAAAAUGAUCCAGAACUUGAUUUGGAAAAAGUAUUGUCAUCUGAUGAAAAGAAGAAAUUAUAUGAUGCUAUUGGAUACGAAGGUGAAAAUACAUCAUCAGCUGAUUAUCCGAAUGAAUACGUUGAUAUCAAUCUUGCUAUUGGGUUAAAAUUGUUAGAUGUAAAUAUUUGGUCUCGAUUAUCUCCUGACGAUUUAAAUUUUAACAUUGUUGCUCGUGCAGUUGUACCUGGUACAAAUGUCAAUUUUAAACGUCGUCCAGCAUCCGCUGGAAUUAAAGUUGCUGUAGGUUUACGUUCAUUUGAACUAUUUGGUUUAUCGACAACGGGUGAAACAAAUAUGCAAAAUUUAAAUGAAAAUCGUCCUGUAUUAGCUAAGCCUCAGUUAAUUGAACAAGAAAAAGAUCUUUUAAAUGUUGAAUUUGAAACAAAUCCAAUCGAAUAUAAGUCAGAUUACAGAAUACAAGUUCUAUCACAAUCAUUACAAAUCACGUAUGAUUCGCCAACAAUCAAUAAACUAGUUACAUGUUUUGAACCUGAUACAGCACGAAAUUUAUAUGGAGUUAAACAAGCUGCGUAUUCAACGUAUACUGAUGUUAAACAACGUUCUUAUUUGCUAAUGAAACAUAAUCUAGAAAAAGUCAAAGUUCUCGAUAUUAAUAUUGAUAUGCAAUCAUCCUAUUUUCUGUUGCCAGCGAAUGGCGUUUAUCAAGACGGUUGUUCACUCAUCUGUAUGGAUUUCGGUCAUUUGACCUUGAAACGAGCUGAUGAAGAUCAAGAGAUAUCGCACGAAAACGCAAAAAACCUUGAAGAAGCAAGAAAACUUUCUUAUACAAAAUUUCAAUUGCAAUUAGACUCUGUUCAACUUCUAUAUGCUCAGAAAAAUGAAAAAUGGUAUGAAGCUCGAAGGCAACAAGAGACUCGUUUGCAUUUAAUUAAACCGAUGACCUUAAAUAUGAAUGUAUAUAAAUGUAUUUAUUCGGAUGAUGCUGAUUUGCCAGCAUGGAAAAUCGACGGACAGAUACCCGCUAUUGAUAUGCGUUUAUCAGAUAAGAGAUUGUUUCAAAUCAUUCAUCAUGUUCAAUCACUACCAUUUCCAGAAACAAAAAAUACAAGUGAAACAAUUCAGAAAAUCGAACCAGCUGAACAACCAUCACAAAUAUCCUUGUCGGCAGCUGAUACCAUGGAAAAAGUUGAAGAAAUGACACCAGUGAAAAAAAUACAAGAAGAACAAUCUCAGCUAGAUGAAAAUGAACAAUCAAAGAUUGAUGAGAAAAAAAGAAAAAAGGAAAAUUCUUAUUUUCAACUGACUCAGUUAGAUGCAACAUUUGAGUUAUCGCAGGUUAACCUUUUGAUUGAAGAAUCAUCAUCUCAAUCAUCAUCAAGGCGUUAUAGUGGUGUUAAAAAUGAUCACUACGAUGAAGGCAGUGAUGAACGUCCGUUCCUUCGUUUAUCACUGGUGUCGAUGUUGGCUAGAACAACAUUUAAAACUUACGAUGUUAGUUUUGAUGCAUCUCUGGCUGAUAUAAUCCUUUUACAUCAACAAUUUGUUACACAAUCUGGUGAACCACUUCGUCUCAUCUCAGCCAAAAAGCAUAAUGAAAAUGACGAUACAAAACUGAUCAGUGUCCAUUUUCUAAACACAUCCCGCGAUAACCCGAUGUUUAAAAGAGAACCGUAUAAUUCGAUUGAAAAUGCUGGCAAAUUUCAUUUUUCAAAAUUAGAAGUUAUUUUACAGUUAGAAGCAUUAUUGAGUAUUCUAAGAUUUCAUGAUAAUUUAAUAAAAAGAUUACCAACAGAAACUGAAGACGAAAAACAAAAAAAAAGAGAACAAGAGGAGGAAAAAAAGAAGAAUGAACAACAAGAAAAUGACAAAGUAAUUACAACGGUGACAGAUAAAGAAAAGAAAAAACCGGACACUGUCGUAGCCACACCUAGUCUAGCUAUAAGUGCUGAAUUAGAAGAAUUUCGUUUUAUUAUUUCUACAGAAGAAGCUCCCUUAUUUGACAUUAGUGUUGGGGGUCUAAAGGCAAAUGUAUCACAACAGCCGAAUAAAACUAUCGUUAAUCUUAUACUGAGUAACUUUAAUAUAUAUGAUCCAAAUCCUCAUGCAAAAUAUAAAAAAAUCAUAUCUCAACAAGGUGAUGCUGAUGAAUUGUUGCGUAUUGAUCUAAUAUUGCAUAAUUUAUCAAAUGAUCAAAAAAAAGAUUUGAAUGCUGUGGAUUGUAAUGUGGAAGUUAAAUUUGCCAAAGCAAAUAUCGUCUUUUUAUUUAAACAUAUCGAUGUACUAUUGUCGUUUUUGGAUACAUUGGAUGUCGCAAAAGCUGCCCUAGAAUUAGCAUCAUCUCAAUAUGCUGAAGCGACUAUAGAAAAUAUUCAAAAAUUACAAGAGCAAGCAUUUAAAUUACAGUUGGAUGUUCAGUUUAAUGCACCAAAUAUAUUUGUACCAACAAAUUCUUAUUCCAAUGAAGCAUUACUAUUAGAUUUAGGUAAAUUAUCAUUGCGUACAAAAUUUUUACAAGAUGAAAAACAUGGUCUUAUUGAACAACAAAAUAUUAAACUUGAAAAUGUUCUUGCAUCACGGGUUUUAUUAAAUAAUAAUCAUGAUAUCGAGGGCGAAGUAAUCUUGUUAGAUUGUGAAAUAUUAACGACGACAAUUAAUCGAUUAUUAUAUCCAGACCAAGCGAAAAAUGAACCGGUAGUGAGCGUGAAAGCAGAUUGGGAUUUAGUGCAUUUUAAAUUAUCAAAAGGUGAUUUUUCGUGUAUAAUGAAAGUAUUAUUGGAAAAUUUUUCUGAAAAUAUCAAGGAUCAAAUAGUCAGCGAUAUUGAGACAGUGGAACAAUAUCAUUAUAAAUCAGCUGAUCAAGAAGCAGAAGAAAAUAAAUUACGUGAAACAGUUCUUCAAAAACAACAUGAAUCACAUACAGAAGUAACGACAACAGUUAGAGUUCGUGCAGAAAUAAAAACAGUUGCACUAACAUUGUAUUUGGGUGAAUCAAAUAUGACAAAGCGACGUCAAGAUCGUUUAGAGAAUUUGAAAUUAGCCGAUGUUCGUAUUGAAGCACUUGAAACGAUAUUUAAACAAAUGAACGAUUCAAGUUACAAAGCAGUGGGACGAAUUAAAAAUUUUCUACUUGAUGAUUUACGUGAAACACAUCAGAGUGCUGGCGUAACGAGGCAAGAAAAACAAUAA